CAGCAACAACAGCAGCAGCAGCGUCACAUAAAUAAAAAAGCCACAGAGCGCACGCACUCAGAGACCACAGGGACAGCUGACAGAGACAGAGACAGACGAGUCCAUAAGAAUUGACUCUAAAUUGUCACAUCAGGAGUUUUUUUUUUUUCCCCUUCCAGAAGGAUUUCAAGAGGAGUCAUGCUUGCUGCGUGCCUGGAGUUCCUGGGCUUGGCGCUCUGCCUCACGGGCUCGCUGCUCGCGAUGGUCGCGUGCGGGCUGCCCAUGUGGAAGGUGACCGCCUUCAUCGACUCCAACAUCGUGGUGGCUCAGACCAUCUGGGACGGCCUGUGGAUGUCGUGCGUGGUGCAGAGCACGGGCCAGAUGCAGUGCAAGGUGCACGACUCGGUGCUGGCGCUGACGCAGGAUCUGCAGACGGCCCGGGCCCUCACCGUCAUCUCGGCGGUGCUCGGGGUCGUGGCGCUCACGGUGACGGUCGCCGGGGCGCAGUGCACCAACUGCAUCAAGGACGAGACGGUGAAGGCGAAGGUGGUGAACGCCGGGGGCGUCAUUUACAUCGUGAGCGGGCUCUUCGUGCUCGUCCCGCUCUGCUGGAUGGCCAACAACAUCAUCGUGGACUUCCACAACCCGCAGGUCCCGCCGUCCAAGAAGCGCGAGAUCGGCGCGGCGAUCUACAUCGGCUGGGCCGCCACGGCGCUGCUGCUGCUCGGCGGGACUCUGCUCUGCUGCUCCUUCUCCCAGGGGGUGAGGGGCGCCUACUACCCCAAGUACGCCCCCACCAAGACGAUCACAUCCAACGGGGACUUGAGCCUUAAGAAGCAUUAUGUAUAAACUUUAAGUUUUGUAUUUUUUUUUGGGGAGAUUUAUUUUUAUUUUUUGGAAACAGAGCUGAAGGAAAGCGUCGACACAACUUCUGCUGCUGCUGCUGGGAAAGUUUGGAAUGAUGUGGUGCCAAACAGUGGUCUAGUCUAAUGUAUUGUAGUGGGUAUACUGUACUGUAUAUGUAUGGGACAGAAUGGGCCUUU